CAUGACUCUAAUACGUCACCGGAUGUUGUUGAUUUGAGUUAUGAUGGAGCCGUCAGUGAGCGUACAUGUGACAGAGGACUGUCGGCUGCAGUGUAAUGAAACGGGAGAUGAUUUUGCUCCAUCAAAACUCGGAACAAAAGAGUACUGGGAUGAUGCUUAUAAAAGGGAGUUGCAAUCUUACAAGGAUAUCGGAGAUGUGGGAGAAAUAUGGUUUGGUGAGGAAAGCAUGGACAGAGUGAUCAGAUGGAUGGCAUCACAAAAUAUACCCAAAAAUGCUUCUGUGCUUGACAUUGGGACUGGAAAUGGAAUCUUCCUUGUGGAACUGGCCAAGAAUGGUUACUCAAAUCUUACCGGUAUUGACUAUUCCAAGACUGCUGUAGAGCUUACAACAAAUAUUCUUGAAGAGGAAGGUUUUACAAGUAUAACAAUUCAGGUUGAGGAUUUCCUAAACCCCAGCAAGGAAAUAAAGAGUUUUGAUACAUGUAUAGAUAAAGGUACGUUUGAUGCCAUUAGCUUGAGUCCAGAAGGCAGGGAAGAAGCAAAAACACGCUAUGUAGCAUCGUUAAGAACUGUUCUGCAGCCAGAGGGCUUCUUCAUUAUUACCUCCUGCAACUGGACCAAAGAGCAGCUGCUGCAGAUCUUCAGACCUGGAUUUGAGUUGGUACAUGAACUGCCUACGCCUCGCUUUAGGUUUGGUGGUGUGACAGGAAAUAGUGUGACGGCUUUAGUGUUUAAACGAAAUGACUGAUGCCAAAUUUAAGACAAAUCUAUUACUACAUAUAAUGCAUUUGUGUAGUUCUUUUUAAUGUUUUAUUCAUGUCAUUUCAGUUCUAUCGCUUUUUUUAAUGAAAAGGUUUUGAACAUUUCUCAUUGGUUAAAUCAUUACAUUUUCUACUUUUAACAUGUUUGGUGUAAUAGCAAGCUAAUACUUAAUAUAUUAACAUUACAAUUUGAUCAUAUUUUGCAAUAAAUCAGAGUGGCUUAUUAUCUCAAGAUCAUUGACUGUAUUCUGAUUGACAAGCCCAAUCUAUUUGAACUAUUUGAUUCUGAAGGCUCCAUGAAUCAUAUGAUGCUCGAUUUCUUAGAAAUGUGGGCGUUUCCCCUUAGAAGUAUUUCAUAAAGCAUCUGAACACUUUAAAGAGCUCUUAAUGUCCAACAUUUGAGGAGUAGCGAGGAGGACUUUUAAGAGUUUCUUUAGGAGCAGUGAAAAUGGACGAAGCACAAAAAGUGAGAAGAAAUGUGUCGCAAUGCAUGACAAUUUCCAUAUUACUUUUAAGGUUUAUCAGACAUUUUAUAUAUUUUGUGUGUGUUCAACUUGUUAAUCUUGGUUUUGGUUUUCUGGUAUAGCUGUUUUGAUGCAAUGCAAACUGUAAAAGCACUAUAAAAUAAAAUUACAUUGAAUUGAA